AUGUCCGGAAGUCAAUGUGAAAAACGUGACGAGUUAUCGAGAGACGAUUUGAGGUACCUUGAUACACGGCCGUACUUGGAUCGUACAGUGGUUCCCAUCCUAAUGCAAGCAUUAACUGUUAUAGCAAAGGAAAGACCGCCAAAUCCAGUUGAGGCACUCGCGAAUUAUCUUUUGCAACACGCUCACAGUGGUGACUCGUAA